ACACGCAACAAGACCAACCACACCGCAGCUCUCACAUCUUCGCCGGAACGGGGAUCGACAUCAGAGGACUCAGGCGCCUACCCAUUAACGACUACUAUAUUAUAUCUGUGACAUUAAGCACGAUUCCAGCAUGGCCGGCAUCAAGACCAUCAUCGGACUGUCCUUCGUCCUCGCGAUAGGCUUUCUUCUCGUCAUUCUCUCUGCCGCACUCUUCCACAACUACCUCACGCUCCUCGUUGUUGCGACCUACGUAAUCGCACCCCUACCCAACUGGCUUUGCAGCAGAGCAGCGAACCAUGAUAACUUUAUGGAGAGUUCUGGAAACGGUGUGGUCGACUUUGGAAGGUUCUUGACCGGCUUCUUCGUGGUUAUGGGUAUCGCACUCCCAACGCUCCUGUGGCAUUCGGCCGAAAUCGCAGGAGGUGCCGCAGCUAUGUCUAUCUUCGGCGGUCUGUUGAUUUACGCGACUAUCAUCAGCUUCACGCUGUUCUUCCAGGAGCAAGAGGACUUCUGACUAGCCGGCGGAACUCAGCAAUGAGGGACCGCAUACAUACUAUCCCCAAGCACAUGGCUUGGCGCCUCGGAAAGAAGUCGAGGUACUUUGGUAAUGAAGGAUACAUGCCUGAACGGAUGGACUGUUGCUACUACAUAUUUUUGUUACCUGUACAGUUUUUAUGAGCGUUCUUGUACGAGUAUGUUGGACAUAAUGCAUUGGUUGAGCCAAAAGAACUACGACGAGAAUGUAAAUGCGAACUCGUUAAUCAACCGGAUAUGAAACAUGACAAAGGCUAUUGAAUUAAUGGAAACUAGCAUCUCAAGCAUAUU